AUGGGCCCUGUCGCCGAACCAGAUACCCCCGAGGAUGUAGAAAACCUGAGGCAAAUCCAAGAGCAGUUCGACAAACUGCCGAUUGUAAAGAAACUCAGAGCCAGUGAAGAUUAUGUGGAAUGGGAAGCGUAUAGUAACUUCUCUCCUGAGGAGAAAGCUAGGAGACUUACGACUGGGCCAUUAAGAGGAAGUAGAGGCAUUUCCACGCAGACAAUCUUCUGGAACGAGCAAGAGAAAACAGCUACAUCAGUCCUUUAUCUUGGUGCUGGGAUUGGCGGCUGGCCCGGCCUGGUCCAUGGUGGCGCGCUGGCAACCUUGCUUGACGAGGCCAUGGGCAGAGUCGCCCUUCGGAGUUUUCCGGCCCGUACCGGUGUCACAGCCAAUCUAAAUGUUAAUUACCGAAAGCCCUUUUUUGCAGACCAAUUUUGCAUUAUCACAGCAAAAUGUGAACCGGAACAGAGUAACGAGCGUAAGGCUAUAGUCAAGGCAGAAAUCCGUGAUUCGGCCGGCAGCCUAUGCACUGAAGCCAGCUCUGUUUUUGUUGUACCACGCAAUAUGACCCUAAGGAGCCUAGCCGAUGGGUUUUGA